UGGCAGCGACGGCGAGGACUCUAUCGGCGGCUUUGCGGACUUCUUUACCGCAGCGGGGCGCGUCACCGACCGCUGAACCGAAGGAGCCAAGUUGACUCUGGCCAGGGCUUGGUGGAGCUUGGACAACUAGAUUUGCAAGUUCCUUUUCAAUGUUGCUGAUUCUGUGAAGCUGAUUAAUUCAUCAUAUAUUUUUGUUUCACUUGCCGUGGUGACACCCGUUUUGCAGCCAAAUCGCUGCCUUCUAGUCUGUAAUUUUCAUUUUCUUCCUAUUUCUCCCUCUUUUCACCCCCCCAUGGAGGCAUUCUCAUUCCCCUCCACCCAGUCGCCUCUUCCUCGUCACGACCGUUCACAGAAUUUGCCUGGAAGAUUCCUUCUUGGCAACUCCAGAAGCAAUAAGCUUGCCAGAGGAUGGUCUGGCAAGCCCUUCAUAACCACCACCUUGUCCAAAUCGGCAGUGGAGGUCACCUCCACGCAUUCUUCGUCUUCGACAGCUACCUCUCGAGAAGAUCCGUUGGCCGUGACUUCCUCACCUCGUACCAGGGUAUUACCUGAGUCUCUGCAGUACCCACCUGGUUACCUUGGAGCAGUCCCAGACCGCACCGAUUGUGAUGGCAAUGAUAGCAUAAUCAAUGCCAUGGAUUACUUGACGAAUAUACUUGCUUCUAAGGUCUAUGAUGUGGCUAUUGAAUCUCCGCUUCAGCUGGCGCCAAAGCUGUCGGAAAGAUGGGGGGUCAAUAUUUGGCUCAAAAGGGAGGAUUUACAGCCGGUUUUCUCAUUUAAGCUCCGAGGAGCUUACAAUAUGAUGGCCAAACUUCCAAAGGAACAGCUGGAAAAAGGUGUGAUAUGCUCAUCAGCUGGAAACCAUGCCCAAGGAGUGGCAUUAGCUGCCAAGAGAUUGAAUUGCAGUGCUGUGAUCGCUAUGCCUGUAACCACUCCAGAAAUCAAGUGGCGAUCCGUUGAGAAGCUGGGUGCUGCGGUUGUUCUGGUUGGGGACUCUUAUGAUGAGGCACAAGCAUAUGCUAAGAAGCGUGCAAAAGAGGAGGGUCGAACAUUCAUACCUCCUUUCGAUCAUCCAGAUGUCAUUAUGGGCCAGGGAACAGUUGGGAUGGAAAUUGUUCGCCAAAUGCAGGGUCCAGUGCAUGCAAUAUUUGUACCUGUGGGAGGUGGUGGUCUGAUAGCUGGCAUUGCUGCUUAUGUGAAGCGGGUGUCUCCACAGGUAAAGAUUAUUGGAGUAGAACCCACUGAUGCAAAUGCAAUGGCAUUGUCACUACAUCACGGUCAGAGAGUGAUUUUGGACCGGGUAGGAGGAUUUGCAGAUGGUGUAGCCGUUAAAGAGGUUGGUGAGGAAACUUUUCGCUUGUGCAAGGAUUUGGUAGAUGGCGUAGUUCUUGUAAGCCGUGAUUCAAUUUGCGCCUCAAUAAAGGACAUGUUUGAGGAGAAAAGAAGCAUAUUAGAACCAGCAGGUGCUCUUGCCCUCGCUGGAGCAGAGGCAUACUGUAAAUAUUAUGGUCUCAAGGGGGAAAAUAUUAUAGCAAUAACCAGUGGGGCAAACAUGAAUUUUGACAAGCUGAGGGUGGUGACUGAACUUGCUAAUGUUGGUCGAAAGCAAGAGGCCGUGCUAGCAACUAUUUUGCCGGAGGAACCGGGCAGUUUCAAGCAGUUUUGUCAAUUGGUGGGGCAGAUGAAUAUUACAGAAUUCAAGUACAGAUAUAAUUCUGAUAAAAAAGCCGUUGUCCUGUACAGUGUUGGGGUUCAUACGGUUUUAGAGCUAAGAGCACUGCAGGAGAGGAUGGAAUCUUCUCAGCUUAAAACUAUUAAUCUCACGGAGAGUGACUUGGUGAAAGAUCACUUGCGAUAUUUGAUGGGAGGUCGAUCAAAUGUUCCGAAUGAGGUUCUUUGUCGAUUUGUCUUUCCAGAGAGACCGGGUGCUCUGAUGAAAUUUUUAGAUUCUUUCAGUCCACGCUGGAAUAUCAGUUUAUUCCAUUAUCGAGGGCAGGGUGAAACUGGCGCAAAUGUCUUGGUCGGAAUACAGGUACCAAAAAAUGAGAUGGUAGAAUUCCAUGACCGUGCUGACAGACUUGGAUAUGAUUAUACUGUAGUAAACAAUGAUGAUGACUUUCAGCUUCUAAUGCACUGAGGAUGGCAGCCUGUACUGUGGUUGUUAUUAUUACUAUUUUUCCCCCUUGGCAGCAUAAGCUUAUGCGAUAGUCGCGGUUCAAAGAGAUGGAUGAGUGGAAAAAAAGAGAGCCUCAAGGUACACGCGUACCCAGGUUGAGAAGAGCAGCUAGUGGUUUCUUCCUAUUAUAACAAGUAGUGUACGUUUUUUAUAUUUAUAAUGAGAUUAGACUGGAUAUGAAAUCCCCCAAUGUUAGGUAGUUUUUUCAUCUCUGUAAAAUAUGUGCGAGAAGUUUUCGUUUGGUGUUGGGAUUUGGGAAUAAUAAUAUUCAUGCGUUCUCAUUAAACUAUUCCCAUGAUAACAGUAAUUGUACAUGACUAACUUGAGAAGUGUACAAUGAAUCUGCUGUCCCUGUUAACUGUGAUCAGCG